AUGUCCUCCGAUUCAGAUGCCGAGUCUAUCGUCACACCCGAUCUUUUGCCAAAGCCGGAACCGAUCUGUGCUGAGUCGCCUUUUAACAGAGCAGACGCGGACGUCAUCAUCCGUUCGUCCAACGCAGUGGACUUCCGUGUACAUCGCAACAUUUUGGUUAUAGAUUCUCCCUUCUUUGAGAGCAUGUUUAGUCUCCCACAGCCGUGUGUCUCGACAGAUAAUCUCGAUGCGGUCGAAAUCACGGAGGACAGCCGUACAUUGGAUACUAUCCUGCGCAUUUGUUACCCCGUUCUGGACCCAGAGAUCAACACGCUUGGGCUAGCGCGUUCUUCACUUCAGGCGGCACUCAAGUAUGACAUGCAAGCGGCGAUCGUCUUCUGCAAGCGCGCUCUGCAAGGGUUCAUCCCGGCCGAGCCUUUGCGAGUGUACGCAAUCGCGUGUCUGCUAGGAACAGAGACAGGGGCUAGAAAAGCUGCUAUCGAGGCUGUCUCACAAGGUGCUGUAAGCGGAAAUUACAUCGCCGAACUGGAAGAACUCCCCGCGGGCUGCUAUCAUCGACUUCUACAAUACCAGCGUCACCAAAGUCUCACCGGCAUCCGGUUUACGUCCCCUCCACGCAUACCAACAGAGCUUUCUGGAACAGCUAGAGAGCAAUCAGUGGCCAGCUCGCUUACACCCGAACACAGCGCACCCCAUCCCUUCGACGAUGUCGAUGCCGAUACCAUGAUUGUGACGUCAGACGAUCUCCACUUCCAUGUCCACGGGGGUAUCGUUGCACUGGCUUCUCCGGUGCUAAAGGACAUGCUACAACACUCAAGCAUGCGUUCCCGUGUCGGCGAUGAACCGGGAUCCGAUCCUCACAGGGCGACUACUAUUCGCAUCGAUGAAGACAGUGCAACAUUGACCGAGCUCCUCCUACCAUGUUAUCCCUUCAGUCGUCUUGUCAAACCCAAAAUCGAUAUUUUACGGCCCGUACUUCGUGCCGCCGAGAAAUACAAGAUGAACAGAGUCAUUGAAUUCUUGCGCGAACUUUGGUCAACCACUUUAGAGUCGUCCCCACUGCGCGCGUUUUUGUUGGCGGUAUCUGUUGAAUGGCGAGACGAGGCCGAAGCCGCUGCGAAGUUGUUACUGCAGCAAGACGACACAUCAUUGGAGGCUGACUACAUCUGUGACAUGGAGACUACAUCUGCGGGCCCCUACUUCCGGUUGCUACAAUAUCACAAGAUGUGUGCCGAAAAGGGUUCUGCGCUCGUGUCCACCGAAUUCAAUGGCUUUCGUCAUCUAUGCGGAGGCCGUUGA